AUCAAUUGGUUUAGAGGGUUUGGACUCACUUGACAGGUUCAGUUGGAGACGAUCAUAGGUGGCUGCUGUGACAAAGGGAAAUUGUGCUUUUCCAGCAUGCUAACUGACCCUGAUUUACCUCAGGAGUUUGAAAGGAUGUCUUCCAAGCGACCAGCCUCUCCGUAUGGGGAAGCAGAUGGAGAGGUAGCCAUGGUGACAAGCAGACAGAAAGUGGAAGAAGAGGAGAGUGACGGGCUCCCAGCCUUUCACCUUCCCUUGCAUGUGAGUUUUCCCAACAAGCCUCACUCUGAGGAAUUUCAACCAGUUUCUCUUCUGACGCAAGAGAGUUGUGGCCAUAGGACUCCCACUUCUCAGCACAACACAGUGGAAGUUGAUGGCAAUAAAGUGAUAUCUUCAUUUGCCCCACAUAACUCAUCUACCUCACCCCUGAAGGCAGAAGAAGGUGGGCGUCAGAGCGGAGAGUCAUUGUCCAGUACAGCCCUGGGGACCCCAGAAAGGCGCAAAGGCAGCUUAGCUGAUGUUGUAGAUACCUUGAAACAAAGAAAAAUGGAAGAGCUCAUCAAAAAUGAACCAGAAGAAACCCCCAGUAUUGAAAAGCUCCUAUCAAAGGACUGGAAAGACAAGCUUCUUGCUAUGGGAUCAGGGAACUUUGGAGAAAUAAAAGUANUGGCUGCAUCCCAAAUUGAGAAACAGCGCCAGCAAAUGGAACUGGCCAAGCAGCAGCAAGAACAGAUUGCAAGACAACAGCAGCAGCUUCUACAGCAGCAACACAAAAUCAAUCUGCUCCAACAACAAAUCCAGGUUCAAGGUCAGCUGCCUCCAUUAAUGAUUCCAGUAUUCCCUCCAGACCAGCGAACACUGGCAGCAGCUGCCCAGCAAGGAUUCCUCCUUCCUCCAGGCUUCAGCUACAAAGCAGGAUGUAGUGACCCUUACCCUGUUCAGCUGAUCCCAACUACCAUGGCAGCUGCUGCCGGGGCAACCCCAGGCUUAGGCCCACUCCAACUGCAGCAGUUAUAUGCUGCCCAGCUAGCUGCAAUGCAAGUAUCUCCAGGAGGAAAGUUACCAGGCAUACCCCAAGGCAACCUUGGUGCUGCUGUAUCUCCAACCAGCAUUCAUACAGAGAAGAGCACAAAUAGCCCACCACCUAAAAGCAAGGAUGAAGUGGCACAACCACUGAACUUGUCUGCUAAACCCAAGACCUCUGAUGGGAAAUCACCCACCUCACCCACCUCUCCCCAUAUGCCAGCUCUGAGAAUAAACAGUGGGGCGGGCUCUCUUAAAGCCUCUGUCCCAGCAGCAUUAGCCAGUCCUUCAGCUAGAGUUAGCACAAUAGGUUAUUUAAAUGACCAUGAUGCUGUUACCAAGGCAAUCCAAGAAGCUCGACAGAUGAAGGAGCAACUUCGGCGGGAACAACAGGUGCUUGAUGGGAAGGUGGCUGUUGUGAAUAGUCUGGGGCUCAGUAACUGCAGAACAGAAAAGGACAAAACAACACUGGAGAGCCUGACUCAGCAACUAGCAGUGAAACAGAAUGAAGAAGGAAAAUUCAGCCAUGCCAUGAUGGAUUUCAAUAUGAGUGGAGAUUCUGAUGGAAGUGCUGGGGUCUCAGAAUCCAGAAUUUAUCGGGAAUCCAGAGGGCGUGGGAGCAAUGAACCUCAUAUCAAACGUCCCAUGAAUGCUUUCAUGGUAUGGGCUAAAGAUGAACGGAGGAAAAUCCUUCAAGCUUUUCCUGACAUGCAUAAUUCUAACAUCAGCAAGAUACUGGGCUCUCGUUGGAAAGCAAUGACAAACCUAGAAAAACAGCCAUACUAUGAAGAACAGGCUCGACUUAGCAAACAACACCUGGAGAAAUAUCCUGACUAUAAGUAUAAGCCCAGGCCAAAGCGAACCUGCCUUGUAGAUGGAAAAAAAUUGAGGAUUGGUGAAUAUAAAGCAAUUAUGCGGAACAGACGUCAAGAGAUGAGGCAAUAUUUUAACGUUGGGCAACAAGCACAGAUCCCAAUUGCUACAGCUGGUGUUGUCUAUCCUGGAGCCAUUGCCAUGGCAGGAAUGCCCUCCCCUCAUCUGCCCUCAGAGCACUCGAGUGUAUCCAGCAGCCCAGAACCUGGGAUGCCUGUGAUCCAAAGCACUUAUGGUGUAAAAGGAGAGGAGCCACAUAUCAAGGAGGAGAUGCAGGCUGAUGAUAUCAACGGAGAAAUCUACGAUGAGUACGAUGAAGAAGAGGAUGACCCAGAUGUGGACUACGGCAGUGACAGUGAAAAUCAUAUUGCUGGGCAAGCCAACUGA